AUGGACAAAUUAAUACAAAUGAGAAAAACAAUGGAGAUGUCAAAAACACAAGCAGAAGGCAUCGAAAGCACGAAUCGAAUUUGGCAUAAAAGAAAGCUGUUCAAGACGCCCACGGAAAAAACCUCAAAUGCUUCCGAAUAUUCAUCGAAGAUCAAAUGCAAAUUUUGUGCUCGUGAACAUCGUCCAGGGAAAACAAAUUGCCCGGCAUAUGGAAAGAAAUGUCGACAGUGUUUAAAGUGGAACCAUUUUCAAGUUUGUUGCCAUGAGAAUCGAAGAGGCAAAGAGCUGAUGCAAGACAAUUAUCAAAUUUCUCGCGCUGAAUCAACAAAGCGAAACGGACAGAUAAAACGUAAUCAAGUAAGACCUCGACAAGUGAAUACGGUGCAAGAAAUAACGUCCGAAUCAAGUAUGGAAGAUGUAUAUGUAUUUUCAACGUUGACGGCGCCACAAAAGCUGCCGAAAUUUAAAGUUAAAAUAAAUGGUACUCCUGUGUCAGUCAUGGCAGAUACCGGUUCCAGCGUAAACCUCUUGGAUGAAGUGAAUUUUAACAAAUUGAAGAAAAAGCCAAUAUUGCAGGAAGCAAAUGAGAAAAUCUUUCCUUAUGGGUCGAAAAAACAACUAUCAAUUAAAGGAAAAUGUCAGUGUGUGGUCGAAACCGAUAAACUAUAUGGCUGGAAAAGUUCUCAAAAAUUGGGCCUGGUACAAAUAGUCGCAUCCAUAGAAGGCACUACAAAGUCUAAACAGGAACCCAUUAAAGAAAAGGCACAAGAAAAAGUGAGAGAAGAUACGAAAGUGGAAGAGCUAAUUAACAUAUAUCAAGAAGUCUUUCAAGGAUUGGGAAAAUUGAAAGGGUUUCAAGUUCAUCUACACGUAGAUAAGGACGUACAACCUGUCGCACAACCUCAUCGUCGGGUGCCGUUUCAUGUGAGAAAAGACUUGGAGAAACAGUUAAAACAAGACGAAGAACGCGGAGUCAUAGAAAACGGAUGGACCAACACCUUGGGUUUCACCAGUCGUGGUCGUACCAAAACAAAAGGGAGACGAGAAAAUCACGAUGCAAAUUUGAACGCGGUAUUACAACGAAUUAAAGAUCGAGGACUAACUCUUAAGAAAGAGAAAUGUCAGUUUAAGAAAAGAAAUUUAAUAUUCCAAGGGUAUGUGUUCUCAGAGAAUGGUAUUGUGCCGGAUCCCAAUAAAGUGAGAGCAAUUAAGGAAUGCACAAAUCCUAAAGAUGUAGGAGAAGUACGAAGUUUGUUAGGCAUGACCAAUUUUGCUGUCGAUUUAUUCCACAUUAUGCCACAAUUACGGAGCCGUUACGUCGACUUAUCAAGAAAGAUGUCCCAUUCGUGUGGACAAGAGAACAAGAAGACACAAUGA